UAAUAAAUAGGCUCCAGUUGCUGCUCAAUAACCAAUGAGUUACGAGAGGCGCGUCUCGCGAGGAGGGGGGGCUUUCACAAUUUAAGAUGUGCGUUUCUGCCUCACAGGGGAAAAAAGCCUCAUGUGGAACAUUCCCACGCAGUAAUCUACAGAACUUCAGUCUAUUACUGCACGGUAGGGACAAUCCCACAUGCAGCCCUGCCACUUUAGUCCUCCUCCGCCUGUCAUGGCACAGAGAAGCCUUCAGAUCUUCCUAACAGGCUAAUUAAAGCAUUAUAAAGGAAGAUGGGGCUUUUGCAGUCGAAAAAUGCGUGUAAACGCAGGGAAAGUCCAGAAGGUGGCACUUUGGCGACGAGUUCUCUUCUCGUGCAGGGAGAGUCGGCUCAUCCCAGCGAGUCACACAAAAUCCGAAACAAGCAGGAUAUGUGUGGUACAGAGCUAAUGGAUGACCACUUCUUGGAUCAUGACUGCCCUCUGGAGGUAAUCUUGCCACCAGAGAGAACAGCUGAAUGUCAAAGUUACAAAGUUUCAUCAGAAAGUGCAGAUCCCCCAAGGAGGAAUGCAAAAACUGAUGACAUGGAGUGUAAUGUCCCCUUAGUGGAUAAAAACAACCAAGAGUGGGUGUUUACUUUGUACAACUUUGACAACAGUGGCAGAGUAACCAAAGAGGAUAUGUCCACCCUGAUGCAUACCAUCUAUGAAGUAGUGGAAGCAUCGGUCAAACAGACUGCACUCUGUGACAGCAAAACACUGCGUGUCAAACUAACUGUAACACCUUUAAUAUCCAGUAGCAACAGAAGAGAGCGAGAUAUUAGUCUUCCACAGAACGUGCAGGAUCACCUGGAGGAACACCACCCGAUUCACAUCAGAGGACAGAGCACAAAUCCUGCUGUCAGCUCUGAGAAGAAAAUUUACCGCAUUGAUGAGAACACAGAACGCAGAAACCACUAUUUAGACCUGGCUGGGAUUGAAAACUACACCUCCAAAUUUAAUGCAGACCACCCACACCAGUCACCCAAUGAGGAGCAGUGUCAGGACAGCCCCACAUAUGGCACCAGCUCUGCCCACCAUCGAUGGCCUCAGCUAGAUCGUGGCAGCCUGGGGAAGUCUGGUGGCCGCCGCCUCCCCUUUCUCAGGUCUCUGCGGAGCCGCAGCAAAUCAAACAGGAUUUAUGGACAUCACCCAGUCAGCUGGUGUUGUCCUCCUGUUCCACAGCAGCAGUCUCUGCACUACAGUCACAGUAAACGUGUUCAUGCCAGGCCUCGUGAUGCCAAAUCAGCCUCUGUGCCUCCUCUAGGGCUAGAUUUGGAGCUGCAGCCUGGUGGCAUUUCUCCUGGUGGAUUCAUGCCCAUGGCUCAGAGGCAUGAGCACCAUCACCUCCAUGAGCAUCACCAUCAUCACCACCAUCACCACCACCAUUACUAUUCCUCCUGACUGCAGCCUCUCAGAAAGAAAGACAGACUGAGAAGGAGCUUUUUUAGGUGGUGACCCUCAAAAUUGCACACACAAAAUCUUUCUUCAUAAAUCACAUCCAGAAUCAGAUGUGGAAAGGGACAGUAUUUCUCCGUAUUUGAAAGAAAAAACACAAUUUGUCAAGGAAUUUAGGGGGGGAAAACUAUGCAACAUUGGGUGCUACAGUGAGGGAAAAAAGUAUUUGAUCCCCUGCUGAUUUUGUACGUUUGCCCACUGACAAAGAAAUGAUCAGUCUAUAAUUUUAAUGGUAGAUUUAUUUGAACAGUGAGAGACAGAAUAACAACAAAAAAAUCCAGAAAAACGCAUGUCAAAAAUGUUAUAAAUUGCAAUUUAAUGAGGGAAAUAAGUAUUUGAAGUAUUCUUAUUCUCAAUCAGAAAGAUUUCUGGCUCCCAGGUGUCUUUUAUACAGGUAACGAGCUGAGAUUAGGAGCACACUCUUAAAGGGAGUGCUCCUAAUCUCAGCUUGUUACCUGUAUAAAAGACACCUGUCCACAGAAGCAAUCAAUCAAUCAGAUUCCAAACUCUCCACCAUGGCCAAGACCAAAGAGCUCUCCAAGGAUGUCAGGGACAAGAUUGUAGACCUACACAAGUCUGGAAUGGGCUACAAGACCAUUGCAAAGCUGCUUGGUGAGAAGGUGACAACAGUUGGUGCGAUUAUUUGCAAAUGGAAGAAGCACUAAAGAACUGUCAAUCUCCAUCGGCCUGGGGCUUCCUUGCAAGAUCUCACCUCGUGGAGUUGCAAUGAUCAUGAGAACAGUGAGGAAUCAGCCCAGAACUACACGGGAGGAUCUUGUCGAUGAUCUCAAGGCAGCUGGGACCAUAGUCACCAAGAAAACAAUGCCAAACAAUUGGUAACACACUACGCUGUGAAGGACUGAAAUCCUGCAGCGCCCGCAAGGUCCGCUGCUCAAGAAAGCACAUAUACAUGCCCGUCUGAAGUUUGCCAAUGAACAUCUGAAUGAUUCAGAGGACAACUGGGUGAAAGUGUUGAGGUCAGAUGAGACCAAAAUGGAGCUCUUUGCCAUCAACUCAACUCGCCGUGUUUGGAGGAGGAGGAAUGCUGCCUAUGACCCCAAGAACACCAUCCCCACCGUCAAACAUGGAGGUGGAAACAUUAUACUUUGGGGGUGUUUUUCUGCUAAGGGGACAGGACAACUUCACCGCAUCAAAGGGACGAUGGACGGGGCCAUGUACCGUCAAAUCUUGGGUGAGAACUUCCUUCCCUCAGCCAGGGCAUUGAAAAUGGGUCGUGGAUGGGUAUUCCAGAAUGACAAUGACCCAAAACACACGGCCAAGGCAACAAAGGAGUGGCUCUAGAAGAAGCACAUUAAGGUCCUGGAGUGGCCUAGCCAGUCUCCAGACCUUAAUCCCAGAGAAAAUCUGUGGAGGGAGCUGAAGGUUCGAGUUGCCAAACGUCAGCCUCGAAACCUUAAUGACUUGGAGAAGAUCUGCAAAGAGGAGUGGAACAAAAUCCCUCCUGAGAUGUGUGCAAACCUGGUGGCCAACUACAAGAAACGUCUGACCUCUGUGAUUGCCAACAAGGGUUUUGCCACCAAGUACUAAGUCAUGUUUUGCAGAGGGGUCAAAUACUUAUUUCCCUCAUUAAAAUGAAAAUCAAUUUAUAACAUUUUUGACAUGCGUUUUUCUGGAUUUUUUUGUUGUUAUUCUGUCUCUCACUGUUCAAAUAAAUCUAUCAUUAAAAUUAUAGAAUGAUCAUUUCUUUGUCAGUGGGCAAACGUACAAAAUCAGCAGGGGAUCAAAUACUGUUUUCCCUCACUGUAUGUGUAGUAAUACAUCAUUUGCUUUUUUCAUAAUCUAAUACUAAUAAAUAUGUUUUACUACCAGAAAGUUCAGAAACUCCAGUAGAUUCUGAUAUUUAAAUAAACCCUUACAGUGAUGUAUUAUGCUUGUAAAUAUAAUUGUGCAGAGUUCUGUAUUGGCAUAGAAUGUAAUUCAUUAAUGUAUAUUUCCUCCUGAAAUCUAGCUGAUAUGGCUGUUGUUUUAGAAGUCACCUCACUUUUCUAAGCCCAGAAGACUGAUAGGAAAUCUCUAGAUUUUCUAUAAGAAAUAACCACUCUUUUUAUGCAACCUAUAUUUCUAAUGUGUGAUGAAAUUGUUGCAUAUUUGUACAUUAAAAAUAUAUAACCAGUAA